CUACUGAUGGGGCGACCGAUAUUGUUGAUUACAUGCACAUAAUUGACAAACAGGCUCGUUCUCUUCAUAAACAACUUCUGCCGUGGUUAAUUAGAAGUGUAGAAGUCAUUAGAGGAGAGGUUUCCUUACGUGUUGAGCUCUUUCCUGCCUUUAACUAUGCUCGUGAUGAGCACACUACUAGAUUCGAAUCAUAUCCGAAUUCGAAAGAUGUGUCGGAUGAUGUUCGCGUCAUCUUCAACUCAAACGGAUUAUCUCUAGACCUGCGCUAUAUAGUCAAUGCCGGAGAACAUGAGCCUCCGAAUAUUACUUGGAAGAAAGUGACGCGUGAAUGGGACUUGGGUCCUGGAGUUGUUGCAGAGUUUACUUUGCAAGAGGGCCAGUCUAUUAAAUUUGUAUUGAGAGAAAUUGUUGACGGGUCUGACAAACAGCCGCCUGGCACGAAAACAUCUAAAGAGUAUCCCGACCCUCCAUUGUCGAUGACUUUGUUGAACACAUUGUUCAAGCAAAGUCUUAGGUUUUGGCAAAACUGGAUUUCUCGGUCGUCGUAUAAAGGUAGAUGGAGAGAACACGUGCAUCGAAGUGCAUUGGCUUUGAAACUAAUGACUUAUGAGCCGACUGGUGCCGUAGUUGCAUCCCCUACUUUCGGUCUUCCUGAAGCUAUUGGGGGCGUUCGUAAUUGGGAUUACCGAUAUACCUGGGUGAGGGAUUCGUCGUUUACGGUCUAUGCUCUCAUGAGGAUAGGCCUGACAGAAGAGGCCGAGAGCUAUAUGGAAUUUAUGUUCCGGCGAUGCCACGAUCUGAAUGAAGAUGGUUCGCUGAACAUCAUGUACAGCAUUGAGGGAGACAAAAUAUUGCCAGAGAUUGAAUUAAAUCACCUCGAGGGCUAUCGCGGCUCCUGUCCAGUGCGUAUUGGCAAUAGUGCAUUCAGCCAUAUUCAACUCGAUAUUUAUGGCGAAUUACUGGAUGCAAUUUAUCUGUACAAUAAAUAUGCCAACCCUGUUUCAUUUGAUAUGUGGUGUAUCGUUCGGCAGCUGGUCAACUAUGUCGUCCAUAACUGGAGGCAAGUUGAUAUGGGUAUCUGGGAAGUCAGGGGAAAGAAACAGCAUUUCACAUUCUCAAAGAUAAUGUGUUGGGUAGCUGUUGAUCGAGACAGGAGCAAAUGGUUAGAGACGCGAGAUGAAAUAUACGAAGAGAUCAUGACUCGCGCAUGGAACCCUGACCAAAGAAUGUUCUCUCAGUCGUAUGAGUCGACUGAUACAUUGGAUUCAUCGUUGCUCAUAAUGCCGUUGGUGUUCUUUCUGAGCCCGACAGACCCUCGGUUUUUGGACACGAUGAACCGAAUCUUACGUUCACCUGCGAAGGGCGGUCUGACAGUAAAUAAUUUUGUGUACAGAUAUGAUCAUCUUGCUGUUGAAGAUGGCGUCGGAGGAAUAGAAGGUUCGUUCUCGAUGUGCACAUUCUGGCUAAUUGAAGCUCUUACACGUGCUGGCCGAUUUGACAAAGACAAGCUUGAACGCGCCGAGUUCAUAUUCGAACAAAUGAUAGGAUUCCUUAACCAUCUCGGAUUGUAUUCAGAGGAAGUCGCACAAUCUGGCGAGUUGUUAGGAAACUUUCCACAGGCAUUUACGCAUAUUGCAUUUAUUAGCGCCGCGUUCAAUCUGGAUCGUGUUCUUAAUGAUAAGCACAAAAUUAUUUAA